ACGGCGCAACUGAAACAUCCACGCGUUUGUACCGAGGAUGGCUGUCUGUUGGGUGCACCCAUGACCGAUACGACGAACAUCCGGUUUGAUGCAUUCGUGGGCAUACCGUACGCCAAACCGCCGGUUGGAAAGCUCCGCUUUAGGAAACCGCAACCGAUUGAACCUUGGACGGAUGAUUACAAUGCGACCGAAAGCAAACCGGCCUGUUUGCAAAGAGCAUUCCUGCUUCCCGAUCAACCUGUCGUCGGAGAUGAGAAUUGUCUCUACCUGAACGUAUACCGUCCGAAAUACAACGAUACCGAACCGCUUCCAGUGAUGGUGUUCAUCCACGGCGGAGGUUACUUCUUCGGGUCUGCUGAUCCGCAACUGUACGGACCGGAGCGCAUAUUGGCAACGAAGAAAGUCAUGCUCGUCACGAUGCAGUAUCGGCUGGGAGUGUUUGGUUUCCUUUCUACCGGCGAUGCUCAGGCAACGGGCAACUACGGGAUGCUCGACCAAGUGAUGGCCCUCAAAUGGGUUAACCGAAACAUUGGUUUCUUCGGUGGUGAUGCGAAGUCAGUGACACUGUUCGGGGACAGUGCCGGCGGUGCCUCGGUGCAGCUUCACACCAUGAGCCCACUCAGUGUGGGAUUGUUCCAGCGUGCGAUCAUUAUGAGCGGCAGUGCUCUAGCAGUGUGGAGCCUGCCGAUUGACGAUCCGCUUGCAUUGGCACGCAAACAGGCGAAACUGGUAGGUGUGUCCGAAGCGGAUGAGCUCACGACAGCCGAGCUGGUGGAUGUGCUGCAGUAUCUCGAUGCGAAGGUGCUUACCGCCAGUAUGCCGUUUCUUCGGACUUGGUUCGAGCAUCCGAUCGUGAUGUACCGACCCACGAUUCAGGGUGCUUUUGUGCCUACGGAGGAACGCUUUUUACCGGACGAUCCUAGCAAGCUAUGGGCUGAAGGACGUUACAUGGACAUUCCCAUCAUGAUCGGAAUGGUUCCGAACGAGGGUGCAAUCGUAUCACUUGCCAUACUGCACAACGAAACGAUUCGGAAACAGUUCAAUGACAAUCUGAACGAACUUCUAUCCCCUGUAGCAGCCCUGAAUGCGACAUCGAUGGUUUUGGAGCAACUUAAGGGACGCUACUUCCCGGAUGCCCCCGACAAUAACUGGUUAAAUGAAGAAAAUGGCGAUCAGUUCACGAAGAUGAUGUCAGAUGCGCUCAUCAAAUAUCCAAUAAUAAAAACGCUCCUGGCGUACACCAAUUCCAACGAAACAAGCUGUCGCGAAACUACGCUUUAUUCGUUCGAAUUCGUUGGCCGACACUCGUUCUCAUCGUAUUACAUACAAUCAAAUGCAAGCCAUGGUGUUUGUCAUGAGGAUGAUGUGCAAUACCUGUUCCGCAUGAUCGGUCUCUUUCCGGACUUUCCGCCAGAAUCGCCAGAGGCCGAAAUGUCCACCGUAUGGACCGAAUUUUUGGUCAACUUUGCCGUCGAUGGAACGACCCAAGAUUCUGCCGCUUCAUGUAAAAAGAGCAUCAAGAUGGUAAAGUUUGAAAAUGCAAAAUCAUUGUCAGAAAAUACGCCAUCAUCGCCCCCGUUUGUUUCGGUGUCGAGUGGAAGCGGAUUGAGUGAGGAGCUGAAGACCAUGCAUGACUUUUGGAAUAGCAUUUAUGGUGCUUCUUACAUCGCGUACCAUUAA